GGGUGGUAGGUAAAGAGAGCUGAGGAUGGAGAGAAGCGCGAGGAGCGACCACAGAUCGGUUUUCGCGAGGAAAUCAAUGUUACAUCAGAGAAGAAGAGAGUGAACCCAUCCAUCGCGUAUACCUGUCAGAGAACACCAGAAAACGGGACAAAAUCUGUUUACCGGAGGACGAAAAACGUGAAGUGAUCAACCUGCUUUCAGCGCCGAUGUGUGUGCGCGCAUCUUUCACCAGACGGACGUAUAGAGUCGAUUCAGAUUCUCAUUGAUCUCGCCUUUUUUUAAAUGCACAGGAGCUCUGACAGCGCACGGAUGUGGCAUAGAUUUGUGCAAUAAUGUGCAAUAUGCAUGCAAUGAACUCCGUGUAUACAUGCAUGCACUGAUGCCUUCUCAGCAGCAGCACAUAUAGAUUGAAUGUGGUUUGGCUGCCUGUGGACUCCUCGAUCAUGUAGUGGAUUAUUUCUGCAGCUUGUAGACCGAUCGUUGUGAUAGAAGCGUUUUAAAGGGAUGACAGUAUAGUGGUUGAUUUUGGCUGUUAAUGGUGCAACUUUAAGAGAUUGUUUUUGAGCUGUGAUUCGCACUAGAUGUCUUGAGGGUUAAAGAUUUGUGUGCAAACUUGUUUGGUUUAUCUAUAGUGUGGGUCUGACAGUCUUCUCUGUCUCUCAGCUGGACUUCAGCUGGUCCCACCAUGCAGCCUCUCGCUUAUUCAGCAGUUCCCAGCACAGAGCAGCCUCGUCAGUAAUCUCUGUCAGUCUCUGCCAGCAAAGGGAUGUGGCUGCACUUUUUAUUUUAUAUAUACUUUGAUAGUGAUAUUUGAUAGUGUUUUUUUGGGCUGUAACGCGAGAUAAGAUCUCUUUAAUGCUAUAAUUUGUUACACAGAACAUAACAACACCUGUUAAUCCUCAGAGAAUAGCAGAUUUACCUGCUGAAUAAACUGGUAAAUGAUGUUUAAAGCAGCCGUCACUCCGCCAAGCAUUUCGGUUUAGUAGUAAAUCGACUCUCGCUGAAAGCCACGCGAGAGUUGGGCUUCAUCUUCUCGCCCCCCUCCUCCGUCACCUGGAAACCACAGGAGCCCUGCACGAGACACCUCCGACAGGUGUGAACCCGGCGGACACGCGCCAUGGAUGAUUCUGGGAUCAUCCGCAGACGGAGGCUGCAGAAGGAUUUACCUCUGCCGCGGAAAAGUAGCAGUUGCAGGACCAGUAACCGGAAAAGCCUCAUCCUGAGUACAUCGCCCACCCUGCCACGGCCGCACUCCCCACUGCCUGGACACAUAGGAAGCAGUCCGUUGGACAGCCCGCGCAACUUCUCACCAAGCGGACCUGCCCACUUUUCCUUCGCCUCCUCUCGCAGGGCUGAUGGUCGUAGAUGGUCCUUGGCUUCUCUGCCUUCCUCAGGAUAUGGCACCAAUACACCCAGCUCAACGUCAUCCAGCUCAUCCCAGGAGCGUUUGCACCAGCUGCCCUUCCAGCCGACCAUGGACGAGUUGCACUUCCUGUCCAAGCACUUUGGCAGCACUGAGAGCAUCACGGACGAUGACGGGGGCCGACGCUCGCCGCACGUCCGCCCUCGCUCUCGAAGCCUCAGCCCGGGGCGCUCUCCAUCCUGCUAUGACAAUGAAAUAGUGAUGAUGAACCAUGUCUACAAGGAGCGCUUCCCCAAGGCCACAGCUCAGAUGGAGGAGAGGCUGGCAGAGUUCAUCCACAACUACUGCCCAGAGAGUGUCCUGCCACUGGCCGACGGGGUCCUCAGCUUCAUCCACCACCAGGUAGAGGAGCUGUCAAGGGACUGCCUGACCAAAUCACGUGAGGGUCUCAUUACCAGCGUCUACUUCUGUGAGCUGCAGGAGAACCUGGAGAAGCUGCUGAAUGACGCUUAUGAGCGCUCCGAGAGCUCGGAGCUCACCUUCGUCAUCGAGCUGGUCAAAAAGCUCUUCAUCAUCAUAUCUCGUCCGGCCAGGCUCCUCGAGUGUUUGGAGUUCAACCCCGAAGAGUUUUACCAUCUGCUGGAGGCAGCGGAGGACAUCGCCAAGGAGGGACAACUGAUGAAGGCGGACAUCCCUCGCUACAUCAUCAGCCAGUUGGGGCUGACCAGAGACCUGGAGGAAAUCGUGAGCCUUGACAGCUACGACAGCGAGGGUCCACAUACUCCAGAGACCGAUGACUCAGCAGAGGGAAAAGGGAGAGUCAUCAAGCCACCGAGUGAAGAAGAUUUUCAGAGCAUCAAACUGAUCAGCAAUGGAGCUUAUGGUGCCGUCUACCUGGUGCGCCACAGAGAGACACGUCAGCGUUUUGCCAUGAAGAAGAUCAACAAGCAGAAUCUGAUCCUGAGGAACCAGAUCCAGCAGGCGUUCGUGGAGAGAGACAUCCUCACCUUCGCGGAGAACCCGUUCGUCGUCUCCAUGUUCUGCUCCUUUGAAUCACGGAGACAUCUGUGCAUGGUCAUGGAAUAUGUUGAGGGUGGCGACUGUGCCACUUUGUUGAAGAACAUCGGGGCGCUGCCCGUGGAGCUGGCGAGGAUGUACUUUGCUGAGACAGUUUUAGCCCUGGAGUACCUGCACAACUAUGGCAUCGUCCAUAGAGACCUCAAACCUGACAAUCUACUGAUAACAUCCAUGGGACACAUCAAGCUCACAGACUUUGGCUUGUCGAAGAUGGGUCUGAUGAGCCUCACCACCAACCUGUAUGAGGGACACAUUGAAAAAGAUGCCAGAGAGUUCCUGGAUAAGCAGGUGUGUGGUACGCCAGAGUACAUCGCUCCAGAGGUGAUUCUCCGUCAGGGCUAUGGGAAGCCGGUGGAUUGGUGGGCCAUGGGCAUCAUCCUCUAUGAGUUCCUGGUGGGCUGUGUGCCGUUCUUCGGAGACACUCCGGAGGAGCUGUUUGGACAGGUUAUCACAGACAAUAUAGUUUGGCCAGACGGUGAUGACGCUUUGCCUGCAGAUGCCCAGGACCUCAUCUCUGCCUUGUUGCAAACCAACCCUCUUGUGAGGUUGGGUACAGGCGGAGCGUACGAGGUGAAGCAGCACUCGUUCUUCACAGAGCUGGAUUGGAACAGUUUGCUGAGACAGAAGGCAGAGUUCAUCCCUCACCUGGAAUCAGAGGAGGACACCAGCUACUUUGAUACCCGCUCGGAUCGGUAUCAUCACAUCAACACAUACGACGAGGAUGACACCAAUGACGAUGAGCCUGUAGAGAUCAGACAGUUCUCCUCCUGUUCUCCUCGCUUCAGCAAGGUGUACAGCAGCAUGGAGCAUCUGUCUCAGCUGGAGCAGAAAGCUACGACCUCCGUGUCCCGUCGGGAGCAUAAGGGCCCGCGGGAGGACAAGGUGACCAAGAGAGAGAGCCUGGGCAGCUUCAGCAUGAGAGACAAGAGCUGGAGGACCGGAUCCCCCGAGAUGAAGCGCUUGUCUUGUUCAGAGUCUCUCUACAUGGAGGGGGAUUCGAGCCCUCCUCUUGGUGCUCGUCGACGCUUCUCAGCACUGAUGGAUACACACCGUUUUGCCUCAAACUUAGACGGUGAGCCAGACUUCCUGUCCCGCCAGGCGCCGUUGAAGGUCCGUGGAACCUCGCUGGAUGGGACGAGCGUCCCCUCACCGAGCCUCUUGGAGCAGAGGAACAGUCUGAAGGAGAUCAACGGAGCAGACAAAUCUCCUAGACAUGGAGAGACACCAGGAGUUACCACGGCCAUCGCCACAUUAUCCCCAGGUCCUGCAGCAGCCGGUCGUGAUGUGAUGACUCCGCUGUAUGACCCUCUGGGGCCCCGGGCCACCAACGACCUGGUCCUGCGCAGGGCGCGCCAUCAGCAGAUGUCUGGUGAUGGAGAGAAACGCAACUCCAGACCUGGAAACAAGGUCAUCAAGUCAGCCUCUGCCACGGCACUGUCUGUCAUCAUACCAUCAGUGGAGCAGCAUGGCGGCUUCUCUCCGCUGGCCAGCCCCAUGUCUCCCCACUCUUUCUCCUCCAACCCGUCGUCCCGUGACUCUUCACCCAGCAGAGACUUCUGCCCGGCGGUCAGCGUGCUGCGCUCCCCCAUCACAAUCCAUCGCUCUGGAAAGAAGUACGGCUUUACUCUCAGGGCCAUCAGGGUCUACAUUGGAGACAGUGAUAUCUACAGCGUGCAUCACAUUGUUUGGCAUGUGGAGGACGGCGGCCCCGCCCAGGAAGCUGGCCUGUGUGCCGGUGACCUCAUCACCCACGUCAAUGGGGAGGCUGUGCACGGUCUGGUUCACACUGAGGUGGUAGAGCUCAUCCUCAAGAGUGGAAACAAGGUGACGGUGACAACCACACCUUUUGAGAACACCUCCAUCAAAGUGGGUCCUGCCCGCAAGGCCAGCUACAAGUGUAAGAUGGCCCGACGAAACAAGAGGACCGUGGGCAAGGACGGCCAGGACAGUAAGAAGCGUAACUCCUUGUUCCGUAAGAUCACAAAGCAGUCCAAUCUGCUGCACACCAGCCGCAGCCUGUCCUCUUUGAAUCGCUCUCUGUCCUCCAGUGAGAGUCUUCCUGGCUCCCCGACUCACAGCUUGUCUGCCCGGUCCCCGACUCAGGGCUACCGCUCCACCCCUGAGCCCUCAUACCUGGGUGCUUCCUCCCAGAGCAGCUCUCCAGCCUCCAGCACUCCAAACUCUCCCGCUCCCUCUCAGCACAUGAGGCCCAGCUCCCUGCACGGCCUCUCCCCUAAACUCCACCGCCAGUAUCGCUCUGCCCGUUGUAAGUCUGCAGGUAACAUCCCGCUGUCCCCGCUCGCCCACACACCCUCCCCCACCCAGUCUUCGCCUCCACCAUUGCCUGGCCACACCGUAGGGAGCUCCAACACCACCCAGUCCUUUCCUGUCAAGCUCCACUCCUCGCCACCGGUGGUCCGUCCCAGGCCCAAGAGCGCUGAACCCCCUCGAUCGCCUCUUCUCAAACGGGUGCAGUCGGCGGAGAAGCUGGGCUCGCCUCUGACCCAGUCCAGUUCUACAGGAGGGCUUGGGGGUCCACUGAGGAAGCACAGCCUGGAGGUGCAGCACUCUGAGUACCGUAAGGAUGCCUUCCUCUGUGAGCUCGGGCUCCAGAGCCUGCUGGAGACAGAUGGGGAAAAUUUUCUUCCAAAUCCUCCACCCCUUCCCUCAUCCUCUACAAACCCAGAGACCGGCGUCCUGAAGCCUGUGAGGAGACUAGGGAGGCAGGAGUCACCGCUCAGCAGAGAAACACUGCUGGCUGGGAGGGAUAGGGAAGAGAGGGAGAGAGGAAGGGAAAGGGAGAAAGAGAGGGAGACUGAUACCGGGACAGUCCUGGAGAGAUUGAGUCGCCUUGGAGCAACAGUAUCCCAGUCAUCCUUAACAAGAAAACCUCAUACAAGUGAGCUGGCCUUCAGCUCGCAGGCUGGCCAGAGCUCCAGACUAAGUGCAGAAACCACUAAAGCUACAACUUCUAGCACCCCUACCAAAACAACAGGAAGUCUAGGUGGUCAGAAGGGACCUGAAAAGAUCCCCCAGAGUCCGACAGAUUUAACUUCAAAACAGCAAGACCACAAGGCAGCCAAAAGUGUGUUAUCUAAUAGUAAAGAUCCCCAGGAGCAGCUAUGGGGCAGAACUGAACCAAAGCAGGAAGCAGACAACAAGAGUAGGCCUGGUUUACCUGGAUCUGCCUUCACCAGGAGCUCUGCUUCUACACCAGAUAAAUCCAUCGGCAUCAACGCGGUGGUGAAAGCAGGUCCUCUGAGCAUGAUCAAAACCUUUAAACCAUCAGGUAUAGGGGACAGCUUGAGAAAGGCUGUAGCAGAGAGCAGUGACUCGAGGACUCCAGACUUUGGCUCCAAAAGCCCCAAACUCCCAGUUCGCGUUCUCGCUCCCGUCGUCCCCCCACAUGGGCAGCCACUCUCGCUGGGCAAGAUGAGACAAGGACUCGGGCCGGUCAACUGCUACCGGGGAACCCUCGACUGGGACGACAAAUGUCGCCUGGAAGUGGUGGAGGAGCAUUCGCCUUCUCCCUCUCCCUCCCCGACUUCUGUCACCCCCUCCCUCUGCGGACCUUCCCUCUGUAAGUCACGGCCUGUCUCCCCCGGCGACAAGAUGAGCUUCGUCAGCCAGCUGACCACCGUGGCCAAAAACGUCCUCGGGCCAAUCAAGCUUGGCUCCCAGGAGGCGUCCAAGAGCAAAGAGCAGCAGACUAAGGCAGCGGAGGAGAGGCAGGGAGGCACAGUAGGAGGUGCUGCUGGAGGUCGAGUGGUUGUUGGGGCAGCGGUGGUGACCCAAAGUCCUGCUGGUUCACCGCUAGAUAGGGCUGCAACAGGUAGCAGCCAGUCAAAAAUGUGACCCCAUGGGGUCCCUAAAUGGGACUUUAGUAAAAAAAAAAAAAAAAUGCCUUUUUUGGAAGAACAAUGCAACAGAAGUCAAGCACUUAAAAACAAUGUACAUUCCAGUUUCAGAGUAUAUAAAAUGUUAUUUAUUGAUUCCAAUCAUUGACUGAUUCUAACUUAAAACCAGGAGUGAAAUAAUCUACUGUAAAGGUGCAUUAUCUGUUGAUUUUCUAUUAUAAAGUAUUUAAUAAGAAGACUCUUAAUGUCAUGUGGAACACUUUAUCAGAUGUAUAUGUGUCUAUGUGAACGCAUGUCAUAUGGUAUGUACUGUACAUGUAUUAUAGGUACAAGAAGGUCAAAAAGUGCUUUACAGAUCAAAACAUGCUGAAAACUGUGAAUACCAAAAUCCAGUCACUCUAUUUUGUCUUUCAACCAGCCCUCUGUUCUUUUACCACUUAUCAAACAAGACAAUGAUGAACUGAGUCACAGUCACAUUGUUAAUAUUUGCAUCAAACAACACGACUGAAGGGCAGCCUCGAUGUGGCUACAGCACGCAACAAGAUGAUUAAGCUCAUUUCUUCUUCAUCAUGGCAGUUUACUGAGUUGCUGUGCACGGUCAGACAAAGCCAAAGCAGGCUCUCUGUCAGUUGAUGUCAUGUCUAGCUCUGUCUGUCGCAGAGAGUUGUUUGUGUGUAUAUGUGUGUGUGUGUGUGUGUGUGUGAAGCCACCUUGGGUCUAUUUCUGGUGGUUCUUGAAGGCUGUGUCCUCCUGCAGAGGGAAGCGUGUUUGACAGAGCUCAGGCUCAGCGCUUAUCUCCCCUUCGCAGGAGGGCCACCACAGCCCCCUUUUCCUCCCUCUGCAGCCUGCACACAAACACAUGCACACACACACUCACAUUGCCACAGGAGGCAGCAGUGUCAGCAGCUGAUUUUCAUGCAUUUAAACCCUGUGGUUCAUGAAUUGGGAUGCGAGUGAGUGAGUUAAGAAGUGUGUGAGAAUGUGUGUGUGUUUUCAUGGGGUAAUUACACUCGGCACGGUUGACUCAGCAAGGGUCAUGGCCGAAACCAAACUGGAAAUAAACAGGCAGCAGUUAGCAUCCAGCAACAGUUACAGGCUUUGCUGAACGCUCUGCGACUUUAUUAACAAAUCACACAAGGCACAGUGAUGAUAACUUAUGUGGAUAUAGUAUAUAAUUGUAAGCACAUAUACAGUGAACCCAUGUGUUGUUUUGAGCCGAAACAGGAAAAGCAGGCAGUCAUGGAUGUAGCAUACUGUAAUGUGUUUGUCAAAAGGGCUCUAUAGCGAAGAUAGGGUGUGUGGAUAUGGGCAUGGUACAGUAUAUCACAAUGAACCUGUUGCUGUAAAAACAAGGUUAUCUGCAGUAUAAUCAGAAUGGCUGUGUUAGGUUGUUAGGUACUAGAUUGAUUCAUGUAAAGCUCACAUUUUGCUAUGUAACAUACUGAUAAAGGUGUUUGAAUCAAUAAUCUCAACAAGAGUGCUGAGAAGGAUAAAAUGUUCACAGGAAAAACAUCUCUUCUCCCACUGGUUGUAUUCAUCUCCUUAGUAGUUCAUUCUCAGUAACUAUCCAGUGUACAUAAUCUCAUGCAAAUAAUUUACAGAUGUGCGUGAGGACUGCUGUCACUACACUUCUACUGGCUGAUUUAUGAAAGAAAGUACAAGUUAAACGAUUUAAUCCGUCUUUCAUUUCCUGCGUCGCUUUCUUUGAUUCUUCUAAGCUCUACAAAUGUAAACUGAUUCAACCAACAACAGCAACUUCACACUGAGGCAGAAAUUCAAAGACGAAAUGUAAUAUCUUGUCCAAAAGGGAAAUGGUUGCUCAUUGUUUUACAUCAGCUGGCAACAUUGUUUUGGUUUUUAUUCGUCUGAAAAAACGAAAACAAUGAGCUGGAAGUGACUAAAAGCUAUGCAGAGCUACAAAGUGGGAAGUUGUUUUUUGUGGUAUUGGCAGAUCUUUUUACAUAACCAGGCAUUAAUAUGAAGAAAAACAUUUCUUAAUGCAUCUUUAAUGCAAUAAAGAUUGAUUUUUCUAUUUAAAAGGAUGCUGUUGGCAGUCCAUCCUUGAAUCUAACAAUGUUUGAGGGUGUACUAAUGAUUUUACCCCCAUUAGAAAGUCCCAUGCACCAACCGGAGUUAUUUUUAUUUGGCAUUGUACUCUACUGCCCUCCAGUGGUUCAAAACAUCCGCUGUUAAACAGGUUUCCAUAAAAUGUUCAUUAAUAAUCUGCUGGAGUUUCUAUAAUGAAGCCAAGACCAGUAAAAUACUGCAGAAUGGAUGUUACUAGCCAUAGGGUUACUGAAUAUGCAUUUAUGUUUCUAAUGACAAAAUAUUUGCAGUAAUUAUCAAAUGAACACUUGAAACAUGAAUUUAUUCCUUUUCUGUUGUUGUGUUCUUCACGUGACUGUUAAUUAUAUCUUCUGGAAUAGGGAUUAACAUUUUUAAUAUAAUAUCCUGUCUUAUAUAUUCUACUGAUAGCAAGGAGUUCUUUUAUAUGUUAAUGUAAUAAACGAGUAAUCAGGUCAGCUCUGAUCACCUGACUAAGAAAAAUAACUCAUGUAAUCUUAUACAGCUAUUAUGCCCACUUUCAGGCCUUUUCCCAAUCAGUGGUGUCUAUACUAGUGUUACAUGUUAGAGAAUUUCUUUUUUCUUUUUGUGAUUGACAGAGAGAGUAGUAUAAAUGCACUUUAUUUGAAAAAGAAAAAAAAUCUUCAUUUGCUGGUAUUGUUUGUAAGUUACUUUUAAGAAAAAGAAAAUAUACUGUAAACAAGUAUGGAUUCUACAAAUGAACACAAAAGUCCAAGUAUAAAAACAUUCCACAUUUCUCUGUUCACUGACAGUGUAUUUAUUUGUACCAUGGGGCAUUUUUGUUUGUGAUAGAUGUGAUUCAAAUGCAGACACCUGAAGUGCAGUAUGUGGAAUAAAAUUCUGAGAUUUGUUCCAAAA